UGACCCUCCUGUAGACGCGUCUUUGGGGGACAAUGGGAAGGGAGGAGAGGGGGAGCCGCGGCCCCCGCCUCAGUGUGAGGAGCACCAGCAUCAGGCACAGCCUGAGCCCCCCCUGCAGCCCCCCCUGCAGCCCCAGCAACACUCUCCCACACAGCCACAGCCCCAGCCCCAGCCAGAACCAGAACCAGAGCCAGAGCCAGAGCCAGUGGCACAACAGGAACCACAACAGGAACCAGAACAGGAACAUGAACCAGAACAGGAACCAGAACAGGAACAGGAACCAGAACAGGAACAGGAACCAGAACAGGAACAGGAACCAGAACAGGAGCCAGAGCUGGAGGCGGAGCUUGCGCCCGAGCCCCCGGCCAGCACUCCUCCCGGGGACGGGCCCUGCGAGCACGCCGCCCGGGCCAGCCCCCCCGCGGACCCCGCCGCCGCGGACGUCCCCGGGCCCGGCGGGGAGGAGCACGAAGAGGAGGCGCAGCCAGGCGGCGGGCCGGAGGAGGAGCAGGAGGAGGUGGUGCAGCGCGGGGCGGCGGAGGAGGAGGGGGGAGGAGAGGAGCAGGAGGAUGAGGAGGAGGAGGAGGAGGAGGAGGGGGGAGGAGUGAAAGGAGGCGGGGCGGGGCGGCGGGCCAGCCUGCACCACUCUGCCUCCCCCCUGAGGGGGGGCCCCCACUCAGCCACCUCCGAGUAUGAGCUGUCACUCGACCUCAAAAACAAGCAGAUCGAAAUGUUAGAGCACAAGUACGGCGGCCACCUCAUCUCCCGCCGCGCCGCCUGCAAGAUCCAGACGGCCUUCCGCCAGUACCAGCUCAGCAAGAACUUCGAGAAGAUCCGCAACUCCCUGCUGGAGAGCCGGCUCCCGCGCCGCAUCUCGCUGCGGAAGGUGCGCGUGCAGAACGCCGAGGGCUUCUCCGCCGAGCGGGCCCUGGCCGAGGGCUGCGGCCUGGCCGGCGUGCCGCUGGUGCGCUCGCCGUCGCUGCCCGCCGCCGUGGGCGGGUCCCUGACCGACCUGGAGGACUCCUUCACCGAGCAGGUGCAGUCGCUGGCCAAGUCCAUCGACGACGCGCUCAGCAACUGGAGCCUGAAGACCAUGUGCUCCCUGCAGGAGGCCGGCGGCUACCAGUUCACCGCAGAGUCCUUCAGCGCUGCUGCGGCCGCGGCGGCGGCGGCUGCGGCGGCGGCGUCCGGGACCGGGGUAGCGGGUGGAGAGGGCGAGCGAGGAGGGAACAAGGAGGCGACGACGCUGAACCCGUUGGACCCGGGGGACCUGUCCCGCAGCGCCAGCAAGCUGAUGAUGGCGUUCCGGGACGUCACCGUGCAGAUCGACAGCCAGAACUUCCGCGUCUCCUCCUCGGUCGUGGAGUCCUCCGCCUCGGUUGCCCUGGGCAACUGUGUACCGCCGGCAGGAGGCCAGCCCCCCUGCGCCCUCACGACCGCCGCAACGGCCGCCUCGACCGCCUCGACCGCCUCGACCGCCUCGACCGCCACCUCACCCCCCGCAUUCGUCCCGCCCGGACCCCCCCACGAACCCGACCCCCCGCCCGUAGGGUCCCCGGUACACCCGACCGGAGACCCCCCGCUGGCCCCGCAGGAACCCCCGCCCCCCCCGGACGCAGAGCCGGAGGAAGAGGAAUGCCAGUACGCCGACUUCCCGGCCCCGCCCCCCAGCGAGGAGGAGCUGGUGGAGGACGACGAACAGCCGCCGCUGACCCCCCUGGACCGGAUGGCCGCCCCCGCCGGCCCCCCCCAGGUGGCGGUGAUGGCCGAGCUGGCCCCGCCGCCAGCCUCCGGCAGCACAGCCCCCCCCCCCCCGCCGCCGCCCACGGCCACGGCGUCCCCCGCGGCCCCGCCCCUGGAGGCGCGGCGCAGCGGCUCGGACCCGGCGGACUGCGGCUCGGAGCCGGUGAGCAGCAGCAGCGUGUCCACGGAGGCGCGCUCGGCGUCCGAGGCCUCGUCCAAGGAGGCGCUGCAGGCCAUGAUCCUCAGCCUGCCGCGCUACCAGUGCGAGAACCCGGCCAGCUGCAAGUCGCCCACGCUGUCCACCGACGUCAUGAGGAAGAGGCUGUACCGCAUCGGCCUCAACCUCUUCAACGUCUCAAGCACCUUCAAGCGUUCCAAACGAGGGGAGAUGAAGGAGAGGGAAGCUGCGCUCUCCAACGAGGACCACGUCACCUACGUCUCCAAGGUGGAGCAGUCCAUCGUAGGCAUGAAGACGGUGCUGUCGGUGCCCCACAGAAGGCUGGUCUGCUGCAGCCGUCUGUUCGAGGUGACGGACGUCGGCAAGGCCCAGAAGCAGGCGGCCCACCAGAGAGAGGUGUUCCUCUUCAACGACCUCAUCGUGAUUUUGAAGCUGUGUCCGAAGAAGAAGAGCUCUGCAGCGUACACCUUCUGUAAAGCCAUGGGCCUGCUGGGCAUGCAGUUCCACCUGUUUGAGAACGAGUACUACCCCCAUGGCAUCAGCAUCCUGUCCCCCUUCGGCUCAGACAGGAAGCAGGUGCUCAACUUCUGCGCUCCGAGCGCCGAGGAGCUGCUCAAGUUCCUGGAGGACCUGAAGGAGUCCAUCGCAGAGGUGUCCGAGAUGGAGCAGAUACGCAUCGAGUGGGAGCUGGAGAAGCAGCAGGGCUCCAAGACGCACUCUGCAAAGAACAACGGCACCCAGCUGGAGCUAAGGGCCAUGCAGGGCUCCCCAUCAGGUCAUCAGGACAUCCUGGACAGAAGUGGGCACAACGCAGUAGAGGUGUCAAUCCAAAACAGGCUUCAGACGUACCGGCUCAGCUGCAGCCCGGAGCCGAGCCCCGGGAGCGCGGGCCCUCCUAGCCACCAGGGGGCGCUCUUCAGGCCGGAGUCGCCCCAGGGCCCCCUGCCCGCCCCCCAGCAUCACACGCCGCUGGCCGCGGCGCCGGCGCCGGGCGUGGCCCCGGGCACCCCCACCCACCACCACCUCCACCAACUGCACCAACACCAGCUGCACCUGCACCAGCUCCACCUGCAGCAGCAGCAGCAGCAGCAGCUCCACCCCCUGGCGGCCCCCCCGGCGGCGGCCGUCAGCCUGGGGGACCUGCGCCCCGAGGCGCUGCACAUCCAGUGCCAGCAGAUCGUCAAGGUCCUGCUGAUGGACGGCGCGGGGCGGCACGGCCACGUGGAGGCCUUCCUCAGCCAGACGCCACACCCCCACCAACACCUGUACCACCACCAGCCCUACCAACACCACCACCACCACCACCUGCACCCCAGCCUGCAGCCGCACCCCCUCCUCCACCACCACCACCACCACCAGCCCUACCACCACCACAGCCUCCACCAGCUCAGCCCGCCCGCCGCCGCCGCCGAGCAGCAGCCCCCGCUGCCGCCGCCGCCGCCGCCCUACAACCACCCCCACCAGUACAUCCCCCCCCCGGACCCCCGCCUCGGCCUGGCCCGCACCCCCAGCGGCUCCCAGAGCAUGCUGUGAGCAAAGACCCGGACCCGGAGCCGGGCCCGGAGCCGGACCCGGAGCCGGGCCUGGAGCCGGGCCUGGAGCCGGGCCUGGACUCCCUCUCCCAGCAAAGACCUGCACACUCAUUUAUAUACAUGCAUAUAUAUGUACACAAAUAUAUGUAUAUAUAUGUGUGUAUAUACAUAUACUGAUACAGCUCACACACAUACACAGAGCACAGUGAUACAGCUCACACACGCACACAAACACAACGCAAGUCUGUACCCCAAUACCUGCUUAACCAACCACACAAACCCACCUUCUUUUACCAAAUGAUACAUUAUGUACAUAUAUACAUACAGAAGAUAGAAGAAUAUGAUUAUGAAAUCACAAUGUAUAUGCAUAUAUUUAAGGUAAAAAUGAAACAAAAGAGAAUGAAGAUUUUCAAUAGUUGCUGAGAAUUCAAUGAAUUGCUGAUAUAACGUUUUACGUUUAUGUAUUUUGAAAUAUUAGGUAGUUUUAACAAAUUUCUAUAACUUUUCUUCAUUUUUUUGCCAGUUUAAACUCUUUGAUGCUCGAAAAAAGAAAAAAAACACGUUAGUUGCGGGCAGAUUUCCUCGUAGUCUGGGUACACUGUCCGAUCCGAAAAACCAACAGAAAUAUUUUUAGAUGGAUUGGUGAUGGAUUGCAUCUCUUUGUGGACCGCUUGAUUUCACUUUUAUCAUCCCUAACCUCAUGUCUACUCAGUACUACAGUGUGUGUGUGUGUGUGUGUGUGUGUGUGUGUGUGUGUGUGUGUGUGUGUGUGUGUGUGUGUGUGUGUGCGUGUGUGUGCAUAGUUUUUGCGUGCAAGUCAAAUAUAUAUAAGCCUCCACGAGAGAAAAGAGUGGAUGCACUCGCCUCUAUGCUAGGGCUAGGGUAACAAUUAAAACAUAAAAAAAAUAUUCUGCUGCUUUCAGUAAUUGUAUCUUUUGCCCGCUUUUCCUUUACAAGGGGCCCCAAAAAAAGGAUAAAUUAACAAUGGUGACGAAGUCUCACAGAACAUUGUCGGAACUUCAAAACUCGGCUCCUUGUUUUGCGAUUUAACUAAUGUGUUACUUUGGAUGAAAAACAUUUUCCUCCCCUCUGCGGUUUUUCGGGAGAAAACGACCCCCGGUGUUUGUCUGUCACGCUGCUUCCCGUCUUGUUGUGCUUCUCUUCUAUCGUCCUCCGCUAUCCGAACGUCUGUCACGCUCAGAGGAUUCUCUGACACACAGACGGAGAGCGAAGGCAACUAAUAAUACGGCCUCAUCACCGCCAAACCAAAUCACCCCAGCGCCCACCUGAGGAACCUCAUCACUAUGGUUACCACGUUAUUGUUUGACUGGUACGCUUCCUGUUUGCUGUGGUGACCUUCUGCCAGGCCUUUGUGUUCGUGUUGGGAACGGAACGUCUGAAUAUUUGCCAUUUGGCUCCACUGAGGAUCACCAAGAAGCUGUACUUAUUGAGAUGUUGAGAAUCUAUUUAUUAUUUUUAUCUUUUUUAUCUAUUUAUUUAUUUAGUUGUAUAUUUAUUUAUUGGUGUUUGUAUUUAUUUAUUUAUUAGUUGUUCGGCAUAGGUUCAUAUUGACACAAUAUUGCGUUUGUGUGAGUGUUGUGUAUCCAUUUGAAUCUGCUAAAAUCCUGAAUUCAUAAACCACCAUUUGAUUCCAGUCUCCACAACUCUUUUUUACAUAUUUUUGUUUCGUUCCCCAGAUAACAUUUCCAUGUGACAUUUUGAAAAAGUCAAGAGUUUUCUCUGAUCUGAGAGAUGCACACACAAACACACACACCAAGCUCCUGUGUCAAAAUGCCGCCUCCAUGAAUCUGAUGGCUCGUGUUCUUGCUGAAUGCUCGAUGCGGGGGAGGCGGGGGUAUAUCUGAUGCCCUCUGCUGCCCCAGCCCCAGUGGAUUGUAAAGAUCACACCAGCGGGGGUCAGACGGACAGGUGACCUGGAGACCCUGCUGCGGGGGCGGGUCCUUCUGAGGGAGGGCUACCUCCUGAUUGGCUGAAUCUCUGAACGCGUGCUUCUCUCUUGUCAACCUGAGAUGUUGAUUUCUAAUCCCUGAUCGCUAGAUGGUCUCUGUCCCCUUUCUGCAUUGUACCACAAAACGGAAGGAUCAAGGCUCUGUGUGUGCGUGUGUGUGUACGUGUGCAUCUGUGCUUGUGUGUAUGUGUGCGCACGCAUGUGUGUGUGGGACACACACAAUGACCUUGUAUAAUGAAUAAGAGCGUUUAUAAAAUAACGAUUCACAAAGUGGCGGUUCUAUCUAGUUGUUCCAACACGACAUCGAUCGAUGGAUAGAUGAUCGAUGGAUCGAUGGAUUAAGGAUGUCCACGUCACUGCUGCUGUGAGUUCCACGGUACACGCGGUGUUUUGCUUGUUUUGAUUUUAUUUAGAAGAAUGCGAUGGUGUGCCCAUGCAUGGCUCUGCUCUGGGGAACCGAGGCCUAACGAACUAACUGUGAUCCCACUAAGUCUCUCUAGAGACUUCAUUUUUCUUGUGCAUGACUGAAUUUGUUGCCCGUUUAAAGAACAGAGAGACACUAGCUGAUCCCUGGGGGGUGUCCCGCGUCAUGGGCACUGGGCAGGACAGUAAGCUUCCUUGAGUUCCGGUCAGGAGCAUUUAAAAACAACCCGUCCUAAAUAGAAGUUUGAUUAUAAAAAAAUAUGAGGAUUAAAAAACCAGCUGAAAACAGAUUUACUUUGUAGUUACACUGGGACUGUUAGUUUGGUUUAAACACAAAAGAAAAUCCGUCUACCAGCUGUUACAUUACAUAUAAUUAAUAGCCUACAUUAGCUUAUUAUUUUAGUUUAAUUAGGUCAGCUGUCACUCUUUCAUUUGGUGUUAUGUCAUUUUAGCCCUUGGGAAUAAUUAUAAUGUUUUGUUUCUGGAGUGUAGGCAUUUCUCUUGCACACGCUGAUGGUUUUACAAUCAAAUCCAUGAAUGAAGUAAGUUGUUGAAAGAAAUAAAGAGAUUCUUUCACUGCACUUUAGAGGGAAAAAAAUACAUCGAUGUGCUAACAAAUAAAACACACUUUUAGAUAUGUAUUUGUAAAAAAAAACUGUCUCAAGUUCGCAUUGAAAUGGGCGCCCUGCGUCGCAGUGUCAUCUCUGACCCAGGGUAUCCGUUUCAUUUCAUGUCACGGGGUUGUGCAUUUUGUGUGUGAGAAAUGAACGAGUGAUCUGUUGUUUCUGUGUGUUUAUACCUUCCAUUUCCAAAUGUAAACACAAUGUUGCAGACAACAGCAGUCCUCCGUCUGUCCUCUCCCUUCUCUCUGUAUCAGUCGACUGCUCCUCGACGGCGCUCUGUCCUGUUCCAAUACUUAACAAAACGGACAGAGCUGCGUUUGAGCAGUACGUCAAUAUUACCCAGAUGACGUUCUACUGAGUCAAAAGAUGAGAAUAUCACAGAGUGGCACGCAGUAGCCCCACACUACCGCUGAACCAGAGCGUAGGAUCUGUGAACCAAAGGGCUCCGUCAGGCCAACGCACGCCACUGUGCGCCCUCUCUCCUGGGUUUGUAGCAGCACUGUGUUCAUAGGAAGGGAGAUGUAUGGGCAGGACUCAUGUUUAAGUACAAAUCACAUGACAGACUUUCCCAGCCAUUAGCUGCCUUCGUUAGCUUUGGCUCGCUCCCCUUCCUGUCCGUGGAGUACUAUAUCAACAUGCUAUUAAAGAAUUAUUUCAGUCUAUUCACCAAA